UUAUUUCUGACCAACACACCAUUCAUACGUAAUCAAAUCAGCGCACAGGCGAUACACAAAACACUGAAUUAUAUAGCUGACUUUGGUAUGGUUUGCCAUAUGUUUGUGUUAGGCUUGGAAAUUGAUCAUAACAUAUUCAUUCAACCACCAACUGGGGAGACUAAAGUGGCUUGUGUAGGCAUGCUCUCCACAUUUGUCUUAGCACUUGUGGUGACUCCCUUUCUGCAUGUUCCUGAUGUUUUCAGUACCAAAUUCAUCCUCUCCCUUUCUGUGAUUCUCUCUGGUACUGCCUCUCCUCUAUUGACCAGGUUGAUUACUGACCUCAAAAUUGGCAAAUCAGACAUAGGACGGUUUGUGGUUUCAACAGGAGUACAAUCAGACCUUGUUUCCACUAUCCUCCUUGUUGUGGGAUUCCUUAUUUUUGAUCCUAUGAAAAGCUAUGAAGUACGCAAUUCACGCGAUAUCCUUCGUAUGAUCUCAACACUGGUGAUUGAAAUGGUAUUAGCUGCCAAGCUAUCACCUCUAAUCAUGAAUUGGGUUAAUAAUGAAAACCCAGAAGGGAAACCUAUGAAAGGCUCUCACCUAAUCCUAUCUGUUGCAUAUGUUGUCUUGGUAUGUGGUUGCUCACCCACUAUAGCUGGGUAUAACUCAAUAUUAAGUGCAUUCUUGGCUGGGCUUUUGAUGCCAAGGGAAGGGAGGAUAUCAAAGAUGAUGAUUAGCAAAGUUAACUACUUCUUAACCACAAUCUUCUAUCCACUUUUUUUCUUUUGGGUGGGAGUUGAGGCUGAUCUAACCAAAUUCCAUGGUGAUCGAAUAGGUCCAUGGGCAAAGUUAUUAUUCCUUUUUUUGAUUGCAACAGUUGGAAAGGUUGUCGGAACUGUUGUCUCUGGGGUAAUGUUAGGGUUUCAUUGGCCGGAAUCCGUUGCAAUCGGGUUGCUUCUCAAUAUCAAGGGCCAUUUUCACGCCUACUUGGCUAUCAUUGCUACAAAAAAUAAAAUCACUUCCAUUUCUACCAGCAUUGCAAUGUUAUUUGCAACCUUUUUGACCAUCAUCUACACCCCGCUUGUUGUUGCAAACAUCAUUGAACGUGCAAGGAAACGCUCACCAACUCAAAAAAUGGCAGUCCAGUGGUUGGACCCUGCAAAUGAUCUUCGUAUUUUGCUAUGCCUUCAUGGGCCUCAAAACGUCCCAGCUUCCAUCAACUUCAUGGAGAUUUCUCGAGGGACAGUUGACCCUGGUAUCAUGGUUUAUGUAACAGACAUGAUCGAACUAACAGAUCAAAUAGCUGCCACACUAGCACAUGGUGAGGGAAUGGAUGCUGUGACUGUGACAGACCAGGGAGUGACAGACAUGAGGGAACAAAUUACCAAAGCUGUCCAAGCUUAUGUUGAUGAGAAUGGUGAAGGCAUCAACCUUAAGCGAAUGCUUGCCCUUGCAACAAUAAAUAACAUGCAUCAGGAUAUCUGCAUUCUAGCAGAGGACUUGUUGGUUUCCCUCAUCAUAUUGCCAUUCCACAAGGAUCAUCAAGCAGAUGGGAGACUCAAUGUUGGCCAUUCUGGGUUUCGACAUGUGAAUCGUAAGGUUCUUCGUCAUGCUCCAUGCUCCGUAGGAAUACUAGUGGACCGGGGAUUUGGUUCUAUUAACAAAAUAUCAAGAUCAUCAGUCUACCUUAAUGCAGCAGUUAUUUUCAUUGGAGGUAAAGACGAUCGUGAAGCACUAGCCUAUGCAGGUCGUGUGGCGCAACAUCCUGGAGUGAAACUCACAGUCAUAAGAUUCCUACUGGAUGCGAAUACGGACAAUACUACCUCAACAAGACAUGUCAGACCUAGAGUGAAUACACCUGAGCAAGAAGAAGAGAUUAAGCUCGAUGACGAGUGCUUUGCUGAUUUCUAUGACAGGCAUGUGGCCAGAGGACGGGUUGCUUACAUGGAAAAAUAUCUUGUGAACUCUGGCCAAACAUUUUCCACCUUGCGUUCACUGGAAGGGCAGUAUGGGCUUUUCAUAGUGGGCCGAGGAGGGAGGGUGAAUUCAGUUUUGACUGUGGGGAUGAAUGACUGGGAAGAGUGUCCAGAGCUAGGACCCAUUGGGGAUAUUUUAUCAGCUUCUGACUUCUCAGUUACAACCUCUGUAUUGAUCAUCCAACAACAUAGUCUUAAAGGGGAACUAGCUGGCCUGGAUGAUGAAUUUUCAAUCAUGUAAAUGUAACUGCUAGCAACAUGUGAUUCCAAUUAUAGAUAGGUACCUGAUUAUUCAUUUUUUAAACAAAAUAACUAGGAUACUUGUAGAUGAAUGUAAAUGAAACCUAGUAGAAUGCAAUUUAACCAAAUGGAUGCAAUGUAGAUGUACAAACAAA